AACAAAAAAAGACCAAAAAUUUUAAAAAAAAAAAAACACAUUUUUCUUUGUUUCUGUUAUAAAAGGGAUGACCAGAGACUGCAGACAGUGCAGGGGAUGACCAGAGACUGCGGACACAGUACAGGGGAUGACCAGAGACUGCGGACACAGUACAGGGGAUGACCAGAGACUGCGGACACAGUACAGGGAAUGACCAGAGACUGCGGACACAGUGCAGGGGAUGACCAGAGACUGCGGACACAGUGCAGGGGAUGACCAGAGACUGCGGACACAGUGCAGGGGAUGACCAGAGACUGCGGACACAGUGCAGGGGAUGACCAGAGACUGCGG